AGAAUGCUGGACAAUUUGGAUGACAAGUCAAUCCUCCUGUCAAGCAUUCUGAUUGCAGAACACAUCCCAGUUGUGGUGCAGUGAAAAAUUACACAAGGAAAAUCGGAUUCGAUGGCCCGUUGAGCGCCAGCGUCAGCUGUUUCUAUCGAUAACUGAUUGGCACGAUUGUUGCAGCAAGAAAAGAAAAGGAAAAGAACGAAAUAAUUAGUGUAAACUAAACUGUGAAUAUCCACGCCAAACAGUGGUUAAUGACGAACUCCGCAGCCAUUCGAUGUCUGCGCUAGCUUCGCCAAUUCCCUCCAUGAAGAACGCGAUCCACCCAGAAAACUGCAACGGAGCUGGAACCGAGGAGGAGGCGUCCUCCGCGUUCCACGCGGAAAUCGACCGCGUUCUGCUGAACAACAAUGCCAAUCACGUUGGCAGCAACCGCGAAAGCGGCGGUGGUAAAGGCGGCAGUGGUAAAGGCAGCGGGAAGGGUAGCGCCAACAGAAGCGGCAAUAUUGCCGGCUUGGGAGGAAGUGAAUCCAUGUGGUCAUCUGGUGGUGGUGGUAAGUCGCACGACGUUGCGCAGGCGUUCGCCAGUGCACUGCGCAACAUGAACCAUGAUAUUGGCAAAGGGCAGGCAGUGGUCCAAAAUCACCGGAAGGCUUACCAAUGCAAAGCAGGCGAUACGGUCAACCCGAUUGCCAAUGGCGAAGAUCUGCGUCUGUCCAAGAUUUUCCGCAGGCUAAUUAACGAGAGCAAUCUCACCGUGUCUCUGGAGCUGUGCGGCAAACUGGAUCAAGCGGUGCGCACGCCCAUCAACAUGGGCUACAUGACAUGCUCAUUCGUGUGGAUUCUGGAUAACAUGCUCACCGUAUACAAGCAAUGCCCGCCGCCGGUUCUGGAGGAGUGCAGCAAGACUCUCGGCCUGAUUGGCUAUAUCAACCGCAAGUCGUAUCCCAUUUACGAGGAGUUUAUCGUGAAGAACUACAAGAGUAGCAAGCGCAUGCAGAAGUACCUGAUCAUGGCCCUCCGCGCCACACUGAGCUGCGACACCAAGUGCGAGCUGCACAUGUACGCCGACAAAAUCAUGCUGCUGCUGAAGGAUUUUCUGGAGAAUGCGGAGAACGGCGACAUCUUCAUUGUCGUCAGCAACACGCUGGUGCAGUUCGCAGCCAGCUACGGGGAGACCUUCGAGUGCCACUUCACCGACGUAGUGGACAUCGUUAUCGGCUGGCAACUGGAGGCCGGCCAGCCCACGCACCUGAAGACCCACUGUGCACAGGUACUGGAGCAGUUGACGCCAUUCUUUAGCAAGCAGAUCGAUUUCAGUUACGGUUUGUUGGAUCAGUUUGUCGAGGAUAUCACCACGCCGGAGGAAGGGGAACUCGCGAACACAGCGGAGCGUGUGGGAGCCUUCGUUGGUGCCUUUAACACGCUGCUUAAGUGCCUGGCCCGCAUGCAGAUAUUCGUGGGCAUGCCCACCUGUGAAUGCAUCGUACAGAUGGCCGUGGAUCAUCUAAUCAAACUAAUGCCCACCCUGCACUCGAAUACGGAGGCAUUGGUCAAUAUAAACGAACUGCUCUGCAUCUGCCUGUUGAAUAACUUUACCGGCCUUGAUCCGAUAUUGUUGGAGCAGGUCCUGCUUGAUCAGGUCGAACUGAUGAAUUCUAUGACAAAGCUGCAGCGCCAAAGUUUCCUUUAUCUGCUGCUUUGCACGGUGAGAAGGUUGCGAGCCCGUCUAACGCCGAGCCUGGUGCACUUUAUAUUCCAAUCCAAUCCCAAUAUGGCGAAGGUUAGGCUUCAAUCACCUGGUGACAGUUCUUACAAGCUGCUACUGCGCACAUGCCAGGAGAUACUGCUCAUCCGGAAUGUGCCGCUGCUUCAGCAGGCGUAUAAAUAUCUUGUAGACGACAUUGACGUCUGUCUGGAAAAACUGAUUCUCACUGUACCACCGAGAACGAGGAAGUCCUCAAGUAAAGCCAACGAGGCGAGCGUGCUUCUCGUUUUCCAUCUGUCCGCUCUGGCUGCCCUGGCUAAGCAAACAUCUUCCAUCAUUGGCAUGUACGCAUGCAAGCCAUCGAUUCUGGAGCUGCUCCUCACCAAUUGCAGGGCCCACGAGCUGAAACUCUGGGGCAGAUAUCCCGCAGCUCAACAGGCCAUUUUCAGUCUGCUCGUGGUCCACUGCCAGGCGAAUCACAAUUUCCGCACCAACUCGAGCUUGCUUCGUGAUCAGGAACUGUCGGCAGAGAACACCUCGCCAACGGCAAACAAUUUUGCUAGCAUACUUCGCUUCCUGGAUUCGGUUCUGGGACAGGCUCACCAGCUGACGCCGCAAAACCUAAGGGUGUUACUGCAGUGGGUAGAGAUGCUCUUGAGAGAAUGCCGCGAGAAGAGUGAUCUGCUUAUGGAACAGGAGAACUUCCGUGGAAUAUGCUGCAACAUUGCAGCCACCGCCUCCAAAUUGACACCCUUGGAAAGUGCUGCCUGCAUCCAAACUGUCCUGGACUACGGCCUGGAAAGGCUAGCAAAAUAUCCACAGCUGCUGAUCCUGUACCGCGAUACGGCGCUACAGCAGCUGCAGAUGGUCUCCACGAAUUGCCAUGCACCCUAUUUCCAAAUCUACGCCCAGUUGCCAUUGCAUCUUACCCUCACCGGCUGUGAAUCAUUAAUGCCGGGGAUGACGAGCAGACGCGUUAGCGUUUGGCAGCAAAGGAUUAGUCAAUGGAGUGCAGUACGCGACACCGUCUUCCGCGAUUUCUUUGAACGGGUACAGAAACCGGAGCAAGAAUCACUGGUCCACUGUCUGCGCGAGCUGUUCGUUCGUAGCUGCCAGGUGGCUCCGCAGGAUGAACGACAGAUGAAUCUGUCGCAGUGCACCAAGCGCUGCCAGCGAUUGGCCACCGCCUGGCUGCAAUUCGAGGCAGCCAGAUACUGUGUGGAACAGCGACUGCGCACAACGUUGGGAAAGCCUCAGGAUACGUUCUUUGGAUUCGAGGCCAUUAUCAUGCGACAUGCCAGAUUGCUGAGUGGCUGUGCCAAGGAGAUGGAGCGCUCAGCCAUGGACACCCUGUCGUUGGAGGAGCUCCUGAACAUGCAAAGCAAUCUCAGUCUGCUGUUAGGCUUCCUCGAUGUGCUGGAGAAGCUCAUCUACAACGCCGCCGAGGGAAGCGCCUUUGCGCUGCGUCCCCCGCCAAAGCCAGUGGCUGCCUUCUUCCGCCUGAACAAUCCCACUUGUCAGUCCUGGUUCAAUCGUAUUCGUAUUGGUGUGGUCAUCAUUGCCAUGCAUGUGCAGCAACCGGAACUGGUUAUCCGAUAUGCCCAGCAAAUUCUGGUUAACCCACAGACGCAAGAUCCCACCUACAGUCAGGCCAUCGUUUACAUGGCCUGGGCCUUGAUCAGUUGCCAAGAAUCGGACUCGCUGCGAGGUCUGCGCCUUUGGGCUAGUAGCAAGAGCAGCAAAUCCUACAAGUGGCUAAAGUACGCGGCGGAUCAGGCGGCCGGAAAGCGGGAAUCUGCACUUGCCGGCUACAAAACUAUCCUGGCCGAGAAGGAGCAGCAGUCGGAACUGGAGCCGCAUACGCGACAGUUUGUUGUGGCGCAGAUGAUGCAGUGCUUGCAAGAUCUGGGUCAGUGGUCCCAGCUGGUGGAGCUGAAGCAGCAGCAUAUGAUGCGACCGGAGGACAGAGAACUGAAUCCCUUUCUACAACGCAGCAAUGUGGAGGUAAAUGCACUGGAACGGCUUUUGGCCAGGGGCCAGGAAGCGUGCUCCUCGAUGGACGAAUUCGGAGGAGCCUUGCAGCAGUUGAGCCUCUGGCCCAGUAACUGGGACGAGUCUGUGUCAUCAAGUGGCGUAACCGAACGUGCCAGCUUCUCAGCCAUCCAUGUGCGUCAACGAACCGAGGAUAUUGUGCUGCACAAGCUAUUAGAAGACCGUUGUCUGCCAGAUCAGGCGAAAAACCUACUGGACACCCAAUGGCGAGACAGUCUGCUGAAUACCAGUUUUGAUCAGAGAUCCUGCAAAGAGCUCACCCUGCUACGGCACGUAGUCCAAGGAGUCAGUGGCGGUCAGGAGUUGUCUCUGCUGCCCGUGAUCUCGGCGAGAUGUCAAAACCGCUCCAAAUUCGUUUCCAGUGUCAUUUUAAUGCGCUGUCUGGCAUGGACACAAUUGCUCCGACAGCAUUGUGCGCCUGGCAGCUGGGAAACGCUUUGCUUGGACGCAGCUGCUGCGGCGCGAGAGGAAGGCAAUCUUCAGCUAGCGGAAACCCUGCUCAGCCAGUUUUUCGGUCAGCCGAUAGGCGAGAUAGCCGAUCUGUUUUCACUGGAACAGGGAGUGGAGACGGAUAAUCCGGAGAUGCUUCGCGGCUACAGUGAGCUGGUCCAGUGCCUGCAUCUUCAGCAGCAGCAAACGGAGAAACAGAUCGGCGAUUUAAGUUCUUCGAUUGAUGUAUGCGCCGCCCUAUGCCUGAAUAUCCAGAAGAGCAACAAUCAACCGGCCGCGGGUGCUGAUCUCUUGCUUAACCUCUCCGAUUGGAUAACCGGCCGGACUUGCAAUGGCUUGACCACCAAUCUGUCGCCUGUAUUGAUUCAACUGCUGGAUCAGCUGCCGGAAUGUCCGCUGACCUCUGACUCCAGCCAACCGUUGGCCAUUCCCCAAGCCGAACGUCUGGUUGCCCGACUGGUCCAUUCUUGUUUACAGCAGCGUCCCAACUACGCGGAAGCUUUGAUAGCCUACGGCAAUUGGUGCUAUCGAUGGGGCAAGAAGAUCGUGGACAGCUGCUGUGUGCUCACCCAGGCCGAUGCGACGGCUAUCAGCCAGGCGCUGGACAUUGCCCAGCCGCUGGAAAACGAACAAUUGGACGAGCUCCUCCAGGCACUGAGCAUGGAACAGCCGCCGGCGAACUGUGUAGAGGUGUGUCCGGAGGUGGCGCGUGCCCGCGACGACGAGGCGGCCAAGAACCGUCUGCGUCGGCUGACCUUUUUGGCGGAUAAAACGCCGGAAGCCCUGGAUGCCAUUUUGCAGAUCUGGCGGCGGGCUAUAGCCAACACAUAUGAUUAUUACAAGGAUGCAGCGCGUUCGUACUUCCAAUAUCUUAGCUUCAAAUCGGGCUCGGGUCCGGAGAAGCCUGGAGGAGAACGUUUCCAUGUGGAUGAUAGCAACCUGGUGACAACGACGCUUCGUCUCCUCCGCUUGAUUGUGAAGCACGCCAGCGGUCUGCAGGAAGUUCUGGAGGAGGGACUGCACACCACGCCCAUUGCCCCCUGGAAAGUGAUCAUUCCGCAGCUAUUCAGCCGACUGAAUCACCACGAACCCUAUGUGCGAAAGAGCGUUAGUGAUCUGCUCUGUCGCCUGGCCAAGAGUCGCCCCCAGCUGGUUAUCUUUCCGGCCGUCGUCGGUGCCAACAGGGAUCAACAGGAUGCAGUAGCACCGCCCGCGACAGCGCGACCAGCCACGGAUGACGCCUGCUGCUACGGCUAUCUGAUGGGAGAGCUCUCGAAACAGGCGCCGGAGGCAGUGCAGCAUGUGAAGCUGAUGGUGAAGGAGCUGCGCCGCGUUUGCCUGCUGUGGGACGAGUACUGGAUCCACUCGCUGGCCCACAUCUACAAUACUUAUGUGAGUCGUGUGAGUGCGCUGGCAACCGAUUUCCGUCCGGACGAUCACGAGGGCAAGAAUAACCGCUUCAAUGUCUGGCGACCUCAAUUGCUCGCCGAUCUGGAAGCCCUGAUCGCGGUCACCGCCCGUCCGCCGGAGACCACCUAUGAGCGUAGUUUCCGCAAGCGUUUCGAUGCUCCCAUACGGGUCACCGUGGAUGCACUGCGAAAUCGACGCUAUCCGGAGGCAUGGGAUAAGCUGAAGCAGCUGUACCACAUCUUGCAAUCGAACAUGAUCCGCGGCUCGGGCAACACGCUCAAAAUGCAGAAUAUAAGCCCGGUGCUCUGUGGCAUUGGACGCAUGCGUAUCUCCAUGCCAGGCCUGGAUGCACAUGGGCCGGAUGGGGAUCAGGUGUACAUCGAGAGCGUCGAGAGUACGGUGUGCGUUUUGCCCACCAAGACGAAACCGAAAAAGGUGGCCUUCUACGGCAGCAAUGGUCAGCGCUACACGUUCCUGUUCAAGGGCAUGGAGGAUCUCCAUCUGGACGAGCGCAUCAUGCAGUUCCUGUCCAUCUCGAAUGCCAUCAUGGCCUGCCGCAGCGACGCGCCCGGCAAUGGCUGCUAUCGUGCCCACCACUAUUCGGUUAUACCAUUGGGACCGCAAUCCGGACUGAUUAGCUGGGUGGACGGGGUCACACCAGUCUUUGCGCUCUACAAGAAGUGGCAACAGAGACGGUCUCAAGUUGCUGCGAAUGCGGGACCCGGUGCUGCGGCACAUGUCCCGCGACGUUUCACGGACUUGUUCUACAACAAACUCUCGCCCCUGUUGGCCAAGCACAAUAUGCAGGUGGGCGAUCCACGACGCACGUGGCCGAUCUCCGUCCUGCUCCAAGUGCUCGCCGAAUUGUUGCAGGAAACACCCAGUGAUCUGCUUGCCCGCGAACUGUGGUGCCAGGCGGGAAAUUCUGCCGAGUGGCGGCAAUCGGUGCGUCGCUAUGUCCGCUGCAUGUCGGUCAUGUCGAUGAUUGGCUACGUCAUUGGCCUGGGCGAUCGUCAUUUGGACAACGUGCUAAUCAACCUGGGAAGCGGCGACAUCGUGCACAUCGACUACAAUGUGUGCUUCGAGAAGGGCCGCACCCUGCGAAUCCCCGAGAAGGUGCCUUUCCGUCUCACACAGAAUCUAGUGGAAGCCAUGGGCAUCACGGGAAUCGAAGGCCCCUUCCGCUUGGGCUGUGAAUAUGUACUGAAGGUGAUGCGCAAGGAGCGCGAAACGCUGCUGACCCUGCUGGAGGCCUUCGUCUACGAUCCCCUAGUGGAUUGGACCACCAACGACGAUGCCCAGGCUCUGCGGCGAUCCCUGAACGCCAAGCUCCCUCAGGCGGCUGGCGGAGGAGGAGCAGAUGGUCCGGGUGGCGGAGAUCAUAAGUACCACAAGAAGGACAAGAGUAAGGGAAAGACACAUGAAUCGGAUAACAAGCGACAGCCCAUCCUAAGCAAACUGGGCAUGCUGCAAAAGUACUGGUCCACCAACAAGACCGAGCUGAUACCGCAGCUGAAGGAAAUGCAGCAGGAGGUGGGCAACCUGCAGGCGGCACAGGCCAAGCAAGUGGUGGCCGAGCAGGAGCUCGUGAAGCUCAACCAGCGCAGCGCCCUAAUCGCCGAAAUCAAAUCGCUGGGCACGGCGAUCGAGAGCCACAGUUUCAAUACGGCCUCGCAGCGUAAUGCCGUUCGUCGUGGUCACUCGGAUGCACUGGUAUCGCUUAGUGUGGAACGACUGCCGGACUUUGGCCGCGUGCAGUGUCUCCUCAGAAGUUAUGGUCAAUGCCUGCAGCUCUUCCAUCUGAUUGAUCUGCAAGGCCAGCUCGGUCGGCUGCAAGUGGACCCGAAUUGCGAGAAUGCCAAGGAAUUUUCUGCGCUGACAGAGGCUCUACAGCUGCCCGGACUGGACAGCAUGCGCAGCCAGAUGAAUGAGCUACUGGGCCGCAUGGACAAGGUGGCACUGAAGAGUUCCAAGCAUCUGCAAGAGUAUGCGGGAGUCAUGAACUUCUAUCCGGAGCAAAGCCACCGGCAAAACCUGUUCGUUCGCUUCCACGACAGCUUUUCAUCGUACAUCCAGAGCGGUUACACUGUGGACUCAACCAGCAAUACCGAUUCGCCGUCCAGUUCUAUUAUUUGCAAGGCCGAUGUCGUGGGCGUCGCGGAGGCCAUGGAGUACUCCCGGGACCGGCUCGGCUCCCAAUUGCAUGAGGUCUCGAAGCUUUAUGCCGCCAAGCAGUCGCAGGCUCUAACUCUCGGUCCACCCACGACCGCAUUGCUGGGCAUGAUUGUCCAGAGUGGCUGCAGCCCGCUGCUGCUCAAGGCCAGCAUGGUUCGUACCUUGGAUCGCGCUGGCGGAGCAUUCGCGGCUUACGAACAGGCGGCACUGGCCAGCCACGACGAGGGACUGCUGCAUCACCAGAUGCUCUUUAUUCACCUGGUGCGCUCCAUGUCGCAAGGAGUUUUGGUGAUGAACAAGAACGAGGAUCUGCAUCUGGGACACUUGGAGAGCCUACUUUCAGCGCUGUCGCAUCUGAAGAAGAUCUUUGAGUACGACUUGCCAGCCAUCAUGUAUAGAAUGCUCAUGCUGCAACCCAAUUUGGGUAAGUUGAGUGCCUUGUGCCAUUUGAGUGCCUCCAGCCUUGGUCAGCUGUUUUUGGAAGCCACGAUGGAGAACGGACAUAAGCCGCCGGAUCAGUUCCCAACAGAGCGCAGAUUUCUGCUAACCCUGCAGCCCGCCUACGAUCAGUUCCUGUUGGCCUCCACCUCGUUGGACUCGCUGGUUAGCAGCCUGCAGACGAUGCUCGAGGAUGUCCACGAUGUGCAGGCCCAACAAAUAAUGGAACUGGGUCUAAUGAGGUCCUGUCAUACGGAUCUGAACGACGAGUGCUUCUUCGGCCUGGUCAGUGAGGCAUUGGAGGCCAGUCGCACUUGUGAUGUGCGUGAAAUAGCCCGACCUGUUUUGGGCUUCAUCCAUCGCCUCCAAGUGGAGAAACUUGCAGGCCUGCUGCCGAUCCUCACGCGGAACUUCUACACCGCCAUCGGUCCGCAAUGUCUACCCACCGCCAGCUGUGGGGACCCUGUUCAAGCGGACCACCUGUGCGAGAGUCUCUUCCUUUCGCUGCAAUCGGACGGCGUUUUGCUGCAGCAGCAGGCGGAAAUGGCACUGAUCAGUCAGCAAUUGGACCUGCACACCAUGGCCGCAUCCGCUCAGCAUUGGGCCUAUUCGGAGGCACUGGGCAGCCAGUUGCGCUGUGGCCCUCACAUCGUCAGCCGCCCGAAACUUAUCGCCGCCAUUGGCGAAUGUUGGCUGGAGUUGGACCAAAAAUUGACUGCCCUGCAGCAACUACAAGCUGGCCUCGAUUCGCAACUCAGCCAGUUGCAGACGCAGGGCAGUAACUGGAAUCGUAAUCACAUAGACAACCUGCUGCGCUGUGAGCAGAGUAACAAACAGAGGAUAAUGGCUCAUGUGGCGGUGUUGCAAAAGAUGACUGAUGGAGCCGGUGCGGUAGCCCGCCUGGAGCAACAUGCGGAAGCUCUGGGCGAGGAGGGGCAGGCACUGGUUGACCACUUGGAACAAUGGCUGGCUGCGCACGGGCAAUGGCAGGCGAGCAGCUCAAGGAUCAGCGCCGUGGAGCAGUCGGUGGUGGAGCUCUUGGACCCGGAAGGUGCCAUCGAUCACUAUUGGCUUGAGAAUGUGCAGGGGUUGUUGGAGGAGCAGACCUGCAAGGUGCACCGCGAGAUCGCGGCAAUAGAAGGCGAACAGCAGAGCAAGCACGGUUUCAUUUGCACCCUACUCAAGGAGACUCUGCGCCUGCUGGAAAACAUGCCACGCUUCCAUGUGCACAGCCUGUGCUCCGAGGCCCAGGCACAGGGCCAAGGCAAACUUGAGUAUGCGAAUGUGCAGCUACUGUCCGACCAUCUGCGCGAAUGCCAGGGCCUGAUGCAGUCCUUCUACAUGCGGCUGCAGGAGCUGCGAAAGGAUAUCUGCUCCGAGCGUCGCGUUCUGCAGCCUUCAAUGCUGCAAAGCUGGCGUCAGCAGUUGAAGGUGAUCUUGGCGUUAGCCAACCAGGAGGUAAACGAGUUCUUCAAGAGCAUGGACGACUUCAUGCUGCACGCAGGCGAAACGGACUCGUACGAAAUCUUCACGCAUGUCAAAGGUUCUAACAAUGUGCAUGAGCAGAAGCGAAAUGCGUACGGCGUGUCUGUGUGGAAGAAGAUUAGGAUGAAGCUGGAGGGCCGAGAUCCAGAUAGCAACCUGCGCAGCACCGUCGCCGAGCAGGUUGACUAUGCCAUUCGCGAGGCCUCCAAUCCGCACAACCUCGCCGUGCUCUACGAGGGCUGGACGCCGUGGGUAUAAUUUCUCACACUGUCUGGCCGCAUUGUUGGGCUUUUGACUACAACACACAUCAAAACUCGGAGCGGAGAAAGACUACUACAUUCAACAUUGGGGCCACCUGUGAAUCGAAUUUCAGGACCUCCUUCGGACUGUAAACAGUCGCAGCCUGACGGCAUCUUCCGACUCCCCAAAGGCCGUGGCGGAACAAAUUUGGCCGCCGCCCCCAACCAACCAUGUGUAAUUGCAUAAUCGAUAGGAAACGAAAAGAAACGAAACGAAAGUAAAAACAGACGGACGGACACGGCUUGCUGUGGUCCGGAAGCCGGCGGAUCGUGGCGUAUGCCACGUGCUCUCUCGGAUCGCAACCCGCAUUCUGAGUUGCUGGCCGAGUAGCAGCAGAGUAGCAGCGGCUGACACAGCUCCCACAGCCCACAGCUCCCGAUGUACAAGAUCUGGGCUCGAUGACGUUAUCGGAUACGAUAUAUUCCAGGUUUCAAAUUCAAAAUUUUUUCGUUUACCGGUCCUCCGUUUUUUUUUUUUUCUUUUAUUUAAAUGCAGUUGUGCAACUUUUCCUAUACGAUUCGAUUAUAAACUAUAUAUUAAUUUACACAAUA